AUGGCACUUAAGGUCUAUUCGCUGUGGAUCUUUGACCGGCACUGUGAGGCGAUCUACCACCAGGACUGGUCGCAUGUGUACCAGCAAGGCGCGUCCGGCGGCGCUGCGUCCUUUACCUCGUCGAUCGGCGCGACGCUCCAGCGCGUCGGCGGCGGCUCCACCGAGGACAAGGGCGAGGCGGGCACCACGGCCCUGCGCCCGGCCGGCGACGCGCUGCCCGGUGUGAGCCGCGAGGUGGGCGAUGCGCCCGCCAGCACGCUCCUCCCGUUCGACCAGGAGGCGAAGCUGAUUUAUGGCGUCGUCUACUCCCUCCGCAACCUCGUGCGAAAGCUCGGGGGGAAGAGCGAGCAGUUUUACAACUUCUCGACGUCGACCUAUACCCUCUCGCACCUGCAGACGCCGACGAUGUAUACGUUUGUCAUGAUCACGGACCCGCCGACGCAGCGCGACGCGUCCAAAGGGCCGCUCGGCAACCUCGCGAGCUCCAGCGCGAUCCCGGGCACGGCAGGCAUGACCCUGCGCGGCGUCCUCAACGAGAUUUGGCGGGGGCCGUGGAUCGAGCACGCGACGCGCCACCCGCUCGUCGACUGCACCGAGCGCGAGCGGUUCGCGCCACCGCUCCCCCAUGCCCAGGCGAGCGCGCCGGACGCGCCGGCGCCCCCGCAGACGCGCGACGAGCUCGGCGAGCGCAUCCAGCGCACGCGCGGCAUCGACAACGACGGGCUGCGUGCGGCGAUCGAAAAGCGUACGUUGUUGUAUUAA